AUGACGACCAUACAUUUCUCGCGUCGUUCCGGCGUUCCUGCUAGACCGCGCGUCGCCCCUAAGUUCUCCCCUUUCCUCGUCGCGGCGCUCAUCGCCCUCGUCGCAAGCUUCCACGUGUCGCUAGUCCACGCCGCUGCGUUUCGAGCCACAGACGCGUACAGCCCCGCGUGCGGAACGCUCAUGACAGAGCCGCCUGCAGGAGGCUUUAAACGGUGGAGCGAUUGGAGAACGUGGGGAAAUAAGGCUCGCAUCCUAGGCGUUCCGGGUCGCGGGCUGCAGCGAUGGGCUGACGUCACGAUUCCGGUUCUCGACUCUCCGAAGCUCCCCAAGAUCCACGUGCGCGCUAAUUACAUCAUGGUGUUCGGUCGCCUGACGGCGGGCGAGCCGGAUAAGCACUUCGCGGGACGCGUGACGUUCACGCUGUUCCAGAACUUCAUGGGCGGCCGCAAGCCGUACCAACUCAAAUAUCAGAGCCCGGCGGAUAAAGGCAAUCCGCGCGACUUGGGGCACAAGACGUUCGCCGUGGUGGGCGGGCAAGUGAGGUUGUACGGCAUGCCGGGCGGCAGCAACACGCCCUCGUGGGUGCGCCUCACUGAAACGGCCAACCCGGGCGCGCGGGCAAUCUACGUGGAUACGGACGUGACGCGCUGGGCACCCGGGAUGACGAUCGCGCUGGCGUCCACGUCAGCAGAUCUCAACGACGCGGAGCACCACGCCAUCGCGUCCGUUUCCGUCGUCACGCCCGCGUCAGCACCCGGGAAAAGCGACGGGCGGUAUCGGAUAAAUUUAAAGACGGCGCUUAAGAAGCGGCACGAGGGCGUGGAGAUUUCGGACGGGGUGGGAGGGACGGUGGGGAUUUACGGAGAGGUCGCGCUGUUAGACCGCCACAUCGUGAUCACCGGGAACGACGAGGCCGCGCCGCAUCAAUACGACGAGGGGCAGAACCACGUGGUGCGAAAAAACGCAAUCGUUUUCACGAAGCAGCGAUGCAUGGUGAUUCACGCGACGGGUAACAUGACAAUAGAGGAAAACGUUUCGUACGAAACGAAGGGCCACUGCUACCUGCUGGAGGAGGGGUCGGAAAUGCGAAAUGUGUUUCGGCGGAACCUUGGGAUCAACGCGAGGAAGGUCACCCAAGUCAUCCCACCAGCGAGUUCCAACCGGCUGGAUUUCCAAACCGACAAGCAGCCGACGAUUUUCUGGCUCGCCACACCCUUCAGCAGCUUCAUUGACAAUGUUGCCGCUGGUUCUGAGGAUUCAGGGUUCUGGCUGGAGGCCAAUCCAUACAUGCGGGGUCUGUCGCGGCUGCUGCCUCAGAUUGGCUCAACGGUGCCCUUCUAUUACAACUGGGGCACGUGGGACGGCAACCACGCCCACUCCAACCUCAUUGGAUUCCGCACCUACCCCCAUGGGUCCCGGCCCAAAUACCCGUCAACCACCCAGAAUCCCCGCGUCUCCCUUAAGAACUUCCUCAUUUACCGCAACAAGGCAGGCAUCUUCUUUUUCAACAGCGAGCGGCUGAUAGUGGAGAACGGGGUGUUUCUGGACAAUGGAAUCGGCAUCGACUUGAGCCGCAAUGCCGGCGUGCAAGCCAAGGGCUGCCGCUUCAUCGGCCGCUCCUCCUCUGCCUGCCCGACAUCCUCCUCCAAAGGCGUAACGACUCUUGCUGACACAGCAGCAGGCUCUGACGUCCCAGCCGGCCCCACCACUCUAUGGGAGCCUUUCACUCUGCAAGCCUCCCUAGGCCCCCUCGACCCCUACUUCGACCCAUCGGGGAGCAGCGGCAGCGGCAGCGGCAGCAACAAAGGGAGCUACUCAGCGCCGGCUUAUACCAAUAAGAGGGAUCCUUAUAACAAGGCGUUUCAGGAUCCGGUGGAUGGGGGGGUAGGAGAUGGGAGUGUUGACCCGCUGGUGGCUUUGGACGAGAAGGUGGGGACGUUCGAGGCGCCGGUGGGAAUCACACUGAGUCAGAGCAACCCCCAGGACAACCUGUUUCCCAACGGCAUACAAGACACCUCCUUCCACCGCUUUGGCACGUGCAGCAGCAACAGUUUUGGCAUCGCUCUUGUGGCAAAUAAGGCUGGCGGGUACUGGAACACUGCCAUGUUCGUUAAGGGCUUGUCCUUUGGCUCAGGGACUAAGAAGUUUUGGGCCACACCCAAUCCAUCCUCUGGCCCACCACCCCGGGGAGGUCUGCUGGCACGCUUCUACGCCAUCCGCGAUCUCGACGGGUCGCUGCUCGGCCAAUCAGGCUACGCCGUUGCCAACUACGACCCCAUCCUGCCGCCUGCCGCCGUCCGGGCGGCAAAGUGCGACUUCAAGAGUGCCUUUUCGGCGUAUUCCUGCACUUCUGUCUGCUACCGGUCGGUCGGGCUUCAAUACGAAGAGUCCGGGGAGUACGCGUGCGGGGGAGGGAAGGCGAGGCUGCAACUGGAUAUUGGGGCGACCAGCAGCGGCAGGGGGCUGGUUUCAAUGGAACUGGAGCAAGGCGUCAGCACUGCUUGCUCCUCCGACUCUGCUUGUUCAGCCAGCACGUCGUCUCUGCCGCCCCUGUCAGUCUCGCCGCUGGGUGGCACAGAGUCGUCCUUUUCCGCUGUGGACCCAGCGGGCACCCAUGGGGAAGCUGAGAGCACCAUUGGCAAAUCCUCAGAUUCUCUUGGGAAUUCCGCGAAGUCCCCCGCGGAGUUCCGCGGUGAUUUUGGAGAAUUCAUGUGGCGAGAGGCCUAG